GAACCAAAUUUAUUUAAAAACUCUUUUCUGCUAGACAAGUGUGAAUGCACACAAGAUUUUAAUUUUAAGUUAUUAAUUAAAGCGUUUAAGUGGAGAAAAACUUUUUAUUUGUUUUAUCACAUUAAACUCAUUUACAUUCUGCUUCCGAGCCAAUUUUCAUUAAUAAGAAUCAGCAAAGACGUAAAAGAAACAAAAAUAAAUUAACUGUUAUUUGACUUCAUUCGAACAAGCACAUUUCUCGUUAUAUGACAGCAUAACAUUCGUUUGAAAACUAAAGAACUAGCUACAUACCGUCAUAAUUAUUUGAUUUUUAUUAAAAGCAUGGAAAAAGUUGUGAUUUUCGCAUUUGUGGUGACAAAAUUAUUAUGUCUCAUAAGUGCUCAAGAAUUGUAUUUCGUGGAGAAAUGUUAUCGUGAUGACCCUGAAAUUGAUGAGUGUUUGAGGUAUUCCGGCAAUAAAUUGGCCUCAUAUCUUCAUGAAGGAAUUCCAGAACUAGAACUUGUAGAUGUUGAGCCAGUUAUAAUAGAUGAAAUAUCAAUUUCACUUGGAGAUCCGGAAGAUGAAGAUGCAUAUAGAGCAACAUUUAGGAACAUUGAAGCAUACGGUGUUAGUAAUAUUACGUUAGCAAGAGUACGGUCGGACAUUGACACAUACCAGUUUCAACUUACUUACGAAAUUCCAAGAAUCAGAGUUCGAUCCAACUUUGAGUCGUCUGGUGUUCUGCUAUUAAUAAAAGCAAGUGGGAACGGAGAUUAUUGGGGCGAUUAUGAGAAUGUUAAAUGUAAAGUUUACUUUAAAGGCUUACCCUAUCAGAAAGUCAAUGAUGAUCGAACAUAUUUGAGCGUUGAAACCGUUAAAAUGGAUUUUAGUGUGAGAGACAUUACAAUGGGUGUCGAGAACGAUGGUAACAAUAAAGUCAUUCAAGCAGCAAUGAAUCUUUUCAUAAAUUCAAAUGCACAGGAAUUGUUAAAGGAAAUGAAGCCAGCGCUAAAGGAAAAACUAACCAUACUUCUUCAUAACUUUAUGGAGAAUCUCUUUUCGAAAAUUCCAUUUGAUGAAUGGAUAGAAUAAAUUUUCAUGUAUGAUAGUAUGUCGCAUAUGUAAAUUUAUUUCUGUUUAUUUAAUACUACUUUUUUUAUUAUUUAUCAUUACAUACACAAGAAUAAAAUAGUAAAUAAAUUGUCAUGUGCUCCUCAUGCAUU